UGUAUAUACUUCUAUAUUGGUUUCUUUGUGUUUUGAAUAUCCUCGCUCUUCAAUAAAAUGAUGUACCGCGUGUCUAUUAUUUUUGGAAAGUUCAACUUUUCGUUUCCGGUUAGUACUGACAGCUUUCGAGUUCAUGAAAGUCUCGUUUUUAUCUCGCGAGAACGUCUAUAAUAGCGAUUUACGCAUGAUGAAAGAAAUAGCCUGGUGGCUUUAGGAACAACUGGACAAGGAAAAUAUGAACAUUACACUGACACAGGGGGCAGUUGAAGCCUUUUACAAAGGUUCACAAGUGAACAAUCCUGUUCUUCAACUGUUGAACAUACGUGAGAUCAAUAAUGCCUCAGGACCAACCAGGUUCAGACUUAUGAUGAGUGAUGGCAAGCAUUCUUUAUCUUCUUUCCUGCUGGCCACCCAGUUGAACAAUUUGCCAGAGGAUAAACUGCUGGUACCACACUGUGUGUGUAUGUUGAAGAGGACAACCACCAAUACAUUGUCAGAUGGGAGACUUGUGGUAGUUGUGAUGGACAUGGAGAUAUUGAAGUCAGCUGAGGAAACUGGGGGGAGGAUUGGACAUCCAAUUCCAUAUAACACUGAUGGUAAGAUGGUGACUUCUCCUCAGAAGGUGUCAUCAACUACCUCUGAACCAGCAUCCUUUUCAUCUGCAGCGCACCCUGGACCAUCCCAUAGGAACAAUAGUGGAAAGGGUAGAAGCUUCCCUGGAACAUCACCCAUGAAGGUUUCAUCCAUGCAGACUUCACCUAUGAAGACUUCGCCUAUGAAGACUUCGCCUAUGAAGACUUCACCUAUGAAGAUUUCACCUAUGAAGACUUCACCUAUGAAAGGUGCCGGCAGUUCUUCAGCGAAUGUUAUUCCUAUCGCUACCCUCAACCCCUACCAAAGCAAGUGGACUGUCAGAGCCAGAGUCACCAACAGGUCUAAUGUCCGUAACUGGAGUAACUCUAAAGGAGAGGGCAAACUCUUCUCCUUUGAGAUAGUGGAUGAGAGUGGAGAAAUCAAAGUCACUGCUUUCAACAAUGAAGUGGACAAGUUUUUCUCUCUGGUGGAGCAAGGCAAGGUGUACUACAUCUCAAAGGCUACACUGAAGGUGGCCAACAAGCAGUACACCAAACUGAAGAACGACUACGAGAUGACCCUUAACGCUCAUUCAUCAAUUGUACCUUGUGAUGACAGUCAAGGGAUCCCCGCCAUGCAAUGUGACUUUGUGCCAAUCGGACAACUUGAAAACAGAGACAAAGAUGCCAUCAUUGAUGUGAUUGGAGUGUGCAAAAGUGCAGAGGAUGUGUCCCGUAUCACCACCAAGACCAGCAGAGAAGUCUCCAAGAGAGCCCUCAACCUAAUAGACACCACUGGCAGAGAGGUGACAGUCACGCUGUGGGGAGAGGAGGCGGAGAAAUUUGAUGGCUCGAGGCAGCCUGUGGUUGCCAUCAAAGGAGCUCGCUUGUCUGAUUUUGGAGGCAGAUCUCUCUCGGCUUUGUUCAGUUCAACAGUCAUGGUCAACCCAGACAUACCGGAGGCCUUUAGACUGAGGGCCUGGUAUGAUCAGGAAGGCUUUGCACUUGACAGCCAGUCACUAACGGACAGCAGGCCAACCAGCAGUGGGUUGAAGAUGAACUGGAAAAUGCUGAGCGAUGUUAAGAAUGAAAACAUGGGACAUCGAGAGAAGGCAGAGUAUUUCAGCUGUGUGGCGACAGUUCUGUACAUACGCAAGGAGAAUUGUCUGUACAAGGCCUGUCCAAGUGCAGACUGCAACAAGAAGGUCAUUGAUCAACAGAACGGCAUGUACCGUUGCGAAAAGUGCAACAGAGAGUUCCCCAACUUCAAAUAUCGGCUUUUACUUUCUGCCAACUUGGCAGACGUCGGGGAUAACCAGUGGGUAACAUGCUUCCAGGAGACAGCCGAGACCUUGUUGGGUCAGAGUGCAGAAACGCUAGGACGGCUUCGAGAAACGGAUGAGGCUGCAUUCGACGAAGUCUUCCAAAGGGCCAACUUCACAACUCACAUCUUUAGAAAUCGAGUCAAAAUGGAAACGUAUAAUGAUGAGUGUCGAAUUAAAGUAACUGUGAUGGAGGUCCUUCCUGUGGACCACCGGGAAUACAGCAGAAGACUCCUCAGUAACAUCCACAAACUGGCCCGCUCAGCUGAGUUCUAAUAUUCCCAAUGGUUUUUACUGGUUUCACUGGUGUCUCUUUGAUUAUGACCCAAACUAAAAGAUGGCACAAAUUAAUGACACACAAAGGAACUGCCAGUUAUUCAUCUGAGGUAACAGCAGCCAAACAAAGAUCAAAAUGCUGUCAGUAGUAGUCAGUUUUCUCGUGUGACAUUAUUUUUCUCCUUCUUUGCAAAAGGGUGUCCUUCUGGUUUUAAAUCUGUUUUAAAUGUUUGGUUUUUGUUUUAAAAAGUAGACAGUGUGUUUUUUGGUGAUGUUUAAUUUAAGAAGUCUGGCAGUCAACGUUAAUAUUUUUCUACAUGUUCAUCUUUUAUUUUUGCUUCCGAAAAUUGU